AUGAGAACGAUUUCUUUAGUCAAUCGGCUAAAAUGGUCGUUCUCGGGCAAUAUGAAUCCACAUGCUCUUGUACUUGGCGACGUUGACAAUGACGGUGAAAAUGAAUUUGUCACUGGCAACCUUAGUGGCGAUCUAGCAGUAUUCAAAGGAGAAUGUGCUCAUGGCCUGCCGACAUUUGUUUGUCACGGUCUAGGCACUAUUACCUGUAUCGCUAUUGGCGACGUACGCAACUGUGGAAAGAACUCGGUUGUGUGCAUAAAUGCUGAAGGACAAGCUCAUAUUUUCGACAUACCUCGCCUUGCCGCCGAUCAUCCGCUCAUGUCAGUUGAUGAAUACUUAAAACACGGGCGACGUGCUUCGGAUACGUCCAGUAUUCAAGCUUUUCGACGCAUGAUGGAGCAAAGUGCAGAAGACGGACAACACUACAAGGGCACAUCCGACAAACCGCACAUCCACAACCUACAAAAACCAAAUUUGUCGCUAAACGUACCUGUCAAUGUCAACCGCAUCCUUAUUGCCGAUGUUGAUGGCGAUUCGUUGAAUGAACUUGUACUCGCACGCACGGACCGAAUACUUCACGCGUUCCAGCUUCAAUCGACCGCCGACCAGCCACUACCGAAAAAUAUUGAAGCACCAGCAUCAACAAGCAACCUAUCAUCCCAUUAUAUUCCUACGUCUAUUCAGUCAUCGCUUUCCGUGCUAUCGUCCAGUAAAGAGCGAGGGAAACUGCUGGCAAAUCGAAGCGUCAUGUCGGAUCCUAAAGAACGACCUUCUGCGAGCGUACUACGAAAAGGAAUGGGAUGGAGCAAAACAUCGAGGUCAGCCAAAGACGCGGAUCUAGCUCAACCUAAGCACUACACGACUCUGCCAAAUCCAGAUGGAAAAGUUGAACUGUUGAUCAAAGAUGUUUGGGUUUUCGACGGUCAGAUUACUUCACUGGCAACAACAGUCCACCCAGAAAGGCCCAAUGAGCCUAUUCUACUUGUUGCGCAGCCUGGCAACACGUUUACCAUUAUCGAUUGUCAUGGCAACCGAUACAACCGCGAUUUCACCCCACAAUACUCUCCUCGCACGUUUUACGGACGAUAUCAUGGCCUCCAAAAACGCACAUCGUAUGCAUCAUCUCAGCAAUCCGAUCAGCAAAAAGCAGACGAUAGUGCACGAGUAAAGAGCAAAGGAAGCGAGGAAAGUUUAGCAACAACACCAAAAGCGAGCGAAGGACCAUUAUCCAGAGCGACGCGUACAAUUCGCACGCUUUUACAACGAGGCAGUAGUACGAAAGAUACACAUAUCCCUGCAGGAAUAGAGACGGAGAACAUCAUUAUGAACUGUGAAGGCAAAAUCCAGGACGUGGCAGGUGACGAGAUUAAGCGAUCCAGCUACAUUGUCCAAAAUUGGCCGGAUAUUGACGGUGACGAUAUCAUGGGUGAAGAAGAGAGUGGUGCCGUUGCUACAGAAAUUGUUGUGGGAAAACGGCUGCACGAUAUAAUGCACGCACUAGAUAAUCAUAAAGGAGGGGAAGUAGAUGAUGACGACGGCGAGGACGAUCCAGAUGAUGGAAACCAAAUUGGCAUGCUUAGCAUGGACGGCAAGUUUACGAUCUACAACCUUCGAACAAAAGAAGUUUCACCGCAUGACCUAUUCGUUACGCACAAACUUUUCAGUCUGGCCACAUUGGAUAUAUCAUCAUCGUCGAAUUUGGAUCACACACCUCCGCCUUCGUUUUUGAGACAAUACCCUUCAUUUCAAAGUUCAGCCAGCUCUCCACAACUGCGAUUCCCUUCGCCCUCUGUCCCAGGCGAAUCAUAUUCAUCCAACAAUGGCAGCACCAAAGCUGAAAACGUAUCAAAUGCAGCCUCGCCAGCGUUCAGCUCAUCUUCCAGACUAUCUCGUAUACCCACUAAUGAACGACAAAAUUCGAGCAAUAGCAACAAUAACAACAAAGAUCAUGAUUUGGCAAGGACUUCCUCCAGCGCUACGGGUAGGUCGUCGACGGAUGAGCAACAGCCAGUCAACAGCGGUGCAAUUGAAGCGCACGACGUCGAAUCCGCCAUCACUAAAGCUGUCGCGGACGCUGUCAGCGAUUCGACAGCGGCCGACUCGCCAUCACGACGAGGGAGUAGAGCUAGCACUAACACGAGUUCCUAUUACAAGGAAAAUGGUGAUUGGAGCGAAGCCGAAGACGAAGACGAGAACGAGGAGCAGAUGCCUGGUGCUGAACUCUUUGUAGCCUGCGCAUGGAACGGUGUAACUUAUCUAAUAGACUGGAGCCAACGAACAGAGGAUGAAGAAGGGCAAUCCAAGGUCAAAUUCCAGCUGGUCAAAUUUGCAUUUGAAGGACGCGUGUGUGCAUUUACUGCAGGUCUAUAUGCUGUUGCCCCUGGCCGUAAUGUACCGUGCCUGUUUUACGUUGACUUUGAGGAUCAGAUAUAUGUUUACUAUGAUGUACAUGUCUCCCCUGGACCUGUUACUGGCUUUAUUGACGCAAUCGACGAUGACAUUGAAGAAGCUCUUGAGCGUGUCGUCGAUAUUGAAAACAGUAUCAAAACUUUAAAAAAUAACUCGCUUAAAAAUGAGGACCCAGAAGAAGGACCCUUAAUUGAUCUUGGUGACGGCUGGAAAGGCAUAGCAGAAAGUAAGAUUACACUGGAUCAGGAUAGUGGAGAUGGACAUGACACUUGUUCAUCCGAAGAGCAUCUAGAUAUAACAGACUAUAUCCAUGAAUGCAUGUAUGGUUUUGGCGAUAUGAAGGAUCGGCUGGAGGAGCAAGUGUCUACAUUGGAACAGCGGCGGCGCAACCAUCAUUUGCCAGCUGGAGUGGACAUUCGUCGCCUUUCAGAUCUCAACAUCACGAUCGAACCACACCUAGAUCGAGAUACUGAAUCAGAGGAAGAAACUCAACGUCGACAAAGUAGGAGCAGCCGGGGGAAAUCGAGCCUGGCAGAGUCGUUUGCUGAAGCUGAGGAUGAUGAUGAUGAUUCUGCAUGGCUAUCGGAUGCUCUACUAGAUUCACCUUUAUUUAAAGAUAAUAAUAAUUAUCAUCGCCACCAUCAACACGGGCCUAUGUAA